UUUUUAGUAUCUGAUUGCCUACCAAGCAAUACAGAUCGUCAAUCGUUAAAGCUAUAGUAGUUCUCCUUUAACUCACACCUUUUUCCACCGAUUCAUAAUGAAGUCACAUUUCGUAGUCUUGAUCGUUGCAUCAUUGAUGUUAGCUUAUGUCUCACUGAGCACAGCUUGCACUGAUGAAAUGUGGUUGGAAUAUAAGGAAAAAUACGACAAAAGCUACAACUCAACCGAAGAUGAUAUGUUCCACUUUUACACAUUCUGUGAUAACUUGAAAGCUCUAAAUGAACGCAAUGGGGAUUUCAAACUUGAUAAGAGUAAUUUAAAAGUGCAUGUGAGUGCCGUUACAGAUUUGACCCAUGAACAACAAAAAGAAUACUAUGCAAGCCGGGGAAUCAAAAGAGUAAAAGGUCAGAAGCAAAAGCAUGUAUCUGAAGAAGAAGAAGAUUACUAAGACUUUUGUUGAGAUAAAAAUGUGAAGGUGCUAUAAGCUGUUGUUAAAUUUUGAAUUCUGUGAAUAAUUUGAAUGUACUGAUUAUAUGUUAUUUUGAAAUUAAACAAAAAAGUAAUGUAAAACUUCUUUUGUGAAUUAAAAGUUAAUAUUUGUUAA